UGUACUUCAUGAAAUGUAAAGUAGACUUGAAAGUUGAUACCAACCAAGCCAUAAAGCGUCUGGUGAAGCCUGGUGAAGAAUAUUUCAAAAUGUCCAUGACCGUUCCUCCAUCGGAAAGUUCACUCCGGAUGUCGGAUUCAGUGGCGAAUUUCUUCAAAGUUAUACUUCCCUCCACCAUUAAGAGUCAGAAACUGAAUAUCCCAAUAAAGUUUGUAAUAGAAUUUGGGGAUGAACUGGCUAAUGGUGCUACACUAAUUGUUCCAGCCGGUGGUAUUUGGCGAGUGGGUUUGGAAAGAGCUCACAAGAGGAUUUGUUUUGUCCACAAUUGGCAAAAAUUCGCAGAACAUUACUCCUUAAGUGCUGGUCAGUUCUUACUCUUCAGCUACCGAGGAAAUUCAACAUUCCAUGUUCGCAUUUUUGAUUUCAGUUGUUGUGAGAUCGAGUACCCUUGUGUUGGCCCAAGUAUCAAACUUGAAGAGAAUGUUGAAGGUGAUGUUUGUGGAACUCUCCCUUCUUCCAGCAAAGGCAAAGGGAAAUUUGUCGAUAACAAGAAGAGGAAAAGCGUUGCUAUUGCCAAGAAGUUUGAGCAAGCCAAGUCGAAGGUACAGAGAAUGUCUCUGUGUCAGGAUUUUCCCACAAGGAAGAACAAACAUAAGGAUGCAGCCAUGGUCCGUUGUAAAAAGAAAAGUUCAAAGAUUCUUGGCAGUGGAACCUUGUACUUCUCCAGGAGUAUUAAAGCCAUUAUGUCAACGAUAUCCAAAGAAACCAAGAGGGCGAUGAAGGCUGCAGAAGCUUUGAAGAUCAGUAAUCCUGCUUUCAUGGUUAUCUUGAGAGAUUACAGCAUCUCCAACGGCACAGUGGUUAUGCCUGCUCAGUUUGUGAGGGAUCAUAUGAAUGGAUUUGCUAAGCUCAUCAACCUUAAGCUGGCCUCUGGUAACGAGCAAUGGCCCGUGCACUGCACUUAUGACCCUCGAUGUUGCCGUACUGUCAGGCUUCAGACAGGAUGCCCUACAUUUUAUAAGGAUAAUGAUUUGGAGGAUGGAGAUGUCUGUGUGUUUGAGCUGUUAAGGAGCAAGGCUGUUGAGCUCAAAGUUUCAAUAUUCCAUGCUAGUGACUAUGCCAGUGUAUGAUUCCAGUUCCUCAAGAAACCUGCCUUCUUUUUUUAGUAGCGGUUUGGAGAGUUGGCUUGAUCAAAGGUUUCCCCUUGUGUUGUUUCGUUAAUUGUACUAGAAGUAAUGAAGACAUCUAUGACAUUGCUGGCUAUGUUUAUGUUCCAGAGGAAGAACCACUGGUUUUGUAUAAAUCUGA